AUGAAGUUUCUUAUUGCUACGCUCUUGAUGGCACUUGUUGCUGCUGCUCAGACCACUGAGAAAGGAAUAUGUGCAGACCCUCGAUCCGCUGUCCCUAGCUGCUGCGAUUAUGUGGUGGAAGGUGUAGGCCAAGGGUGCAUCGAUGCACUUGCAUCACCAAAAACACCAGAUCAGCAUUCUGCAGUUUGCAGCACUUAUAAAAAGGAUCCAUACUGUUGCGACCAUACCAAGACUGGCGCCGACCACCACUGCGUGAAGGUUCUAAUCAGCUCCUUGUAA